AUGCUGUUGCCGCAAGCAGAUGCCCGAGGUAAGUCUGUUCUUCCUCCCAUGCUCCCCUCUUCCCAUGCUCCCCUCUUCCCAUGCUCCCCUCUUCCCAUGCUCUCCUCUUCCCAUGCUCUCCUCUUCCCAUGCUCUCCUCUUCCCAUGCUCUCCUCUUCCCAUGCUCUCCUCUUCCCAUGCUCUCCUCUUCCCAUGCUCCCCUCUUCCCAUGCUCUCCUCUUCCCAUGCUCUCCUCUUCCCAUGCUCCCCUCUUCCCAUGCUCUCCUCUUCCCAUGCUCUCCUCUUCCCAUGCUCUCCUCUUCCCAUGCUCUCCUCUUCCCAUGCUCUCCUCUUCCCAUGCUCUCCUCUUCCCAUGCUCCCCUCUUCCCAUGCUCCCCUCUUCCCAUGCUCCCCUCUUCCCAUGCUCCCCUCUUCCCAUGCUCCCCUCUUCCCAUGCUCUCCCAUGCUGCUCCCAACAUGUUUUUCUUUCCCCGUGCUCUCUUCCUCCUGUGCAAUCCUCCUUCCCUGGCCAUGCUGUUCACUGUGCUACCCAUCUUUCCCCGCCAUCUUCCCAUCUCCUUCUCCUCAGUUUUGAGGCGCCUCAAAUCUAGACCUCUCUUGCGCAGUCACAUCACUGUGUUACCCACCUUUCCCCGCCAGCUUCCCAUCCUUUUCUCCUUACUUCCUCUCCGUCUCUCUUCCUCUGCUUAUCUCUCCCUUCUACCACCUUUUCCUUCCACGUACACUGCUCACCUUGUUGCUGUUGCUGUUGCUGUUCCGUUGACAGCAGACGUGCUCAAGGGCACCAAGGAGAAGUGCAGCCAGGCGGGCAUGGAUGGGUACAUCACGAAGCCGAUCGACCCCAACGACCUUUACUCCAUGAUGCUGCGGUUCUUCCAUGCCAGACCCUCCUGA